AAAUUAUUUUAUUGCACAUUCGUUUGGUUAUAGCGAUUAUCAUUCAUUUACUUAUAUGUUUUAAGGUAAAUGAUCCAGUGCCUGGUGUGCAUAUGGAUAUAUGUGAUACCAAACCAAUGGAAAUGUCCAGUCCGAAUGUAUCGGGCUCACGGAUAAACGCUGAUAUCACCUUGGAAUUGGUGAGUGAUCCAGUGCCUAUGGGUUUGUGUGAUACAGAACAAAUAGAAAUAUCCAGUCUGAAUGCAGUCUCCGGAAAAAAUAUUGAUAUCCCCUUGGAAUUGUCAAUUGAGACAACGCCACCUAUAUUGGAAGUCACGGAUAUGAAGUCAAAUGUCGACUGUGCCGAGUCUAAAUCACAUUCCAAUAAUAAACUGGCACCAAGCUUUAAUGCAAAACUAGGAUACAAGACGUCAGCAUCUUCAAACAGUCAAUUUGUACCAAAAAUUUCAAGAGGGCGGCAUGAAUUAAAUAGAUUUAAAAACAUUUCCCCACGAAAAAAUAUUAUGACUACAUUACACUGUUACAUAACAUUAAUCAAAAUGACAUUAUACGAAGAUUUUUGCAGAAACAAGGAGGUGAAGCCCUAA